CAACCAUUGUAGUAGUCAGCGCCUAUUAGCAGCGCAGGCAGAUAAAAACGGUUAUUUAGUUGUUAUACUCUAAAAUAAACGUUUUAUUAAAGAACUUCAAGGUGCAAUUAGUUCCGUCGUUUGACCAGCGUUAUCGUCAUGUUAUAAAGCAGGAUCUAACUUCUGCAAUUAAGAGACAAUGGUUGGUGCUAAUGUCAUGAAUAUAACGUUUGAAUAUGGACGUUCAGAUUAUUUGACGGAGUACUCCAGUCUCCAGCUACUUUGGAAUAACCUGCGAGGACGACAGAAGAUACUCCUUUCUCCUUACCUACCCGCUGUCUUCGCUUUCCUCGUGCACCUAAUUUUCUGCGCACCUUUCCUGGCACUUGAGACACUUGGAUGCUUCUGGCCGCGGAUCAAUUCAUACAAAAUCACAAAGACUUCUGAAACGCAAAGUAUGCGUCGAUGGUGGGAUUGUUUUUUGAGGAUACUGCUGAAAUACGUUUCAACUGUUAUUCCUGCAACUGCGCUCUUUCAAAGUUUGAGGACUCCAGUGUGUCCCGAGCUCGCUCCAUCCUGCAAUCAACUUUUCUUCGAAGUCGUCGUGAGCUUACUUUUGUUUGACAUGCUAUUCUUUGCAUGGCAUUACACCAUGCACCGAGUACCCUGGCUGUAUCGAUGGGUCCACUAUGUUCACCACCAGAACCAGACUCCCUUUGCCUUGGCUGCCCAAGAUGCCAGCCCAGCUGAGCUCGUCUCCCUGCUCAUCCUGGCCCUGGUCAGUGCUCACCUGGUGGGCUGCCACCCACUCAGCGAGGCCCUGUUCCACCUCCUCAACACCUGGCUGGCCGUGGAGGACCACUGUGACUACAAUCUUCCCUGGGCCUUCCACAAGCUGCUGCCCUGCAUGGGCGGUGCCCCCUUCCACCAGACUCACCACCACAAGUACAGAGGAAACUACGCCCCCUACUUCGUACACUGGGAUUGGCUGUGUGGGACCAGGAUCACCUAGCCUGGAAACCGACCAAUCGAUAAGAUCCUGGUUCGUUUGCUCUGUCGGAUGGGUCUGGACACCCUUUCAAACAUGCCUUUGGCAUGAAAAGUGCAGAGUCAAUCACAACCGUUUAUCUGAUAUGGGGCAGGUUGAACUGGAUGCCUGUACAGUGAGGCAUUUCAACCACCAAGAUGGCGUUUUGUCACUCCGAUUGAUCGUAUCUAUUAUAUUCAAUUUAACUGCACCCAGAGACAUUUUGCCCGGGGCCCCUUGACAACACUCCUUGAUUAAAAAAAUUAACUAAGAGGACCCCUCUGCACUGAAAUGACACUUUGUUCUGUGGCGUGUUUGGGAAUGCCAGGGUCAAACACACAUUAAACACAUAUAGCAUUUGAUCUGAACAGCAUUGUGAUGGUCAGUUAAACUGUUGUUUGUCUGAAGAACACCUUUAAUAUCUAUUGCAUCUAUCCAACACAACUAAUGUCUCACCUCACCGACGGGUGCUUUUGGUUUAGUGGCACCAUGGCAACAGGAGCUUCUCUCUGGCUCCACCAAUCCUUGGCAAGAUACCUGAGCACCUGGCACUGUGGAAUUGUACCCCAAAUAUCUAAUCUCAUAAUCUCAUAAUAGUUUAUUACCCAGUCUUACUUAAAUGUUUGGUUCAUGUAUGCAUGUUUGGGACAGAGAUGAAGGAAGGAAAAUAUAUGUCUAACAAAUAGCAUCAACUGUAGAUGUCUCCUGUUCCGUUAAAGUUGAAGGCUUAACUAGCAGUGACUGGGAUUUUGAGUCAGUUUAUUCGUCUGGGAACAUGGAGUGUCAUCGACCACAGGGCUGUAUUCAUUGGCCAAACUCAAACCAGAUGUUUUGGAAGUCUUGACGAAAACCAGGAGUGGGUAUUAUUCUGCCUUAACCUCAAACUCAUGCUUUGGAUGUUUUUUGAGAUUUAAAAUCCAAUCAUCUUCGUGAUUGUGAGAAGUCAAUGAUGAGAAAGAGUUUCGGGCAACCUUCCAUGCAUGUCCGAAUCCUCCUGGGGCCAUAUCAGUUCCACUUGGCUCCAGACCAGAGGAGCGUUGGUCCCUCAACAUAAAUCAAACAGAUGUUGUGGUGUUUCGAAGAGAAAGAUCGCAGAGUUGAAAGUUGCUCAAGCCUGCUAUACUUCAUGUGACUACCAUGGGAGCUGUAUAACAGAGACUCACACACCAACUCGGAUCAGUUACAAAGACUGUUUACGUCCAAUUGUUUGAACAUAACAUUUCAUUGAAUCCAUUGAUUCAUUUAUGAUACAGCAUUUUUGUUACAUUUGUACUUGUUACAACUUGUGUGUAGGGGUGUACAUUUCAGGAGGAAUACUGUGAACUUGUGAGAUGGGUGUAUUUUGUCCUGUUGUCCUUACAAAUAAUGAACAACCGUUUCAACACCUUAUGUUUGUGGUCAAGGUCACAUUUGUCUCACACAUAUCUGCAGCAGUUAUUCCUCUCUACGUCAAGACAAUCACUCAAGUUCAUGUUUGUCUGCCGCAUGCAACGUUAACAGCUGUAUUCCAUUAUGGGCUGCCUACAAUGAUUUCUGCGAUCAACUCCCACUGAAAUUCCUCAGAAAGCCCCUCUGGGAUCCUUUAAAGUUAAAACCAUGCCUUUUUGGUGCUGAAUGGAGAUAAUUGUUUAGUCAUCUGAUGUGUUUACCUUAUGGGUGGCCUUUGAGAAGCACUUUGAUUGCCAAGCAACAUAAAACAUUGUGAAUCG